AUGAACCAGAUCAUGGAGACGGACACGGUGGUAAAUUUGCUGAAGAAGCUACACAAAGAGUUGCCUGCGGACUCCGUGCUAAAGUUCAUCAAGUGCUGGUUGGGAGACCCUGAAGCCCUCAAUGAUCCUGACUGCUGUGUCCUCAGCCGGCCCGACGCUAAGGGGCGCAUGCGUCGCAUCGACGGUGGGAAGGGCUCGGAUAAGACGCUGAGCAUUUCUCACUUCUGCCAUUGCGGUGCUCUGGGACAAGUUGCAUUUUUCACAACUCUUCCAUUCCCUUUUAUUGGGACCUUGGCUAAAGACUAUCUGAUAAAUCGACCAUUGAAGCGCAAUAUGUGGCUCUGGCUUAGAAAUGUGUUCUCUUCGUCACCCCGCAUCUCUAUUGUUCGCGUCCUUGUUGAAUUCUAA